UUUGCACGCUUGUAGAGAAUUGGACCAAAAGUAGUGUAGUUUGAGUUUGCUGUCAUGCCUAAGAGAAGCUACACGAUCGAUCGGGAAUUCGACGCUCAUAUGGCUGUCACGGUUUACCCCAACGUUAAACUCGAGUGUUCUGCAAUGGGGGAAGGCAACGGCCUCAUCGAACACGACCUUCAUGGUUCUUUGGUACCGAUGAACGGUAGCCAUUCUGGAUCUUCAGGUCGUAGUACACCAAACAACUCUAAUGAUCCAGCACCGGGAAAACUCUUUGUUGGUGGUUUAAGUUGGCAAACAUCGAGCGAAAAGUUACGGGAAUAUUUUGGAAUGUUUGGAAACGUCACCGAUGUUUUAAUUAUGAAAGAUCCUGUAACACAGAGGAGUCGCGGCUUUGGUUUCAUCACAUUUUCGGAACCAUCAAGCGUCGACAACGUCCUCAAAGUGCCAAUUCACACUUUAGACGGUAAAAAAAUCGACCCAAAACACGCCACACCGAAAAAUCGCCCAAAACAGCCCAACAAAACGAAAAAGAUCUUCGUUGGUGGCGUCAGUCAAGACACCUCCGCCGACGAAGUCAAAGCCUAUUUCAGUCAAUUCGGCAAAGUGGAAGAAACCGUCAUGUUGAUGGACCAACAGACGAAACGUCAUCGUGGCUUCGGUUUCGUCACAUUCGAAAACGAGGAUGUCGUCGAUCGUGUAUGCGAAAUCCAUUUUCACACAAUCAAAAAUAAAAAAGUCGAAUGCAAGAAAGCUCAACCGAAAGAGGCGGUGCAAGCGAGCGCUCAAUUGCUCGGCAAACGCCUCAUGCUCAGCGGUCUAGGCAUGCGGAUGACUGAGUCUUGGAGCUACGCCAUAGUUUGCCCCCCUAGUCAAGGCAUCGGCCUGAUUUUCAUCCUCCUUCACAACAGACCUGCCCACAUUCCGUAG